AUGGGUCAGAAAGCCAAGGACACUCUGGCUGUGCGGCCGCAAAGCCGUGGCCGUCGCUCUCCCAGUCGCUCGCCGCGACCCAAAAACCGCAAACCGGUGCAACCCCAACCCAAAAGCUAUGCAUCUGAUGGCGUCAAGAACAAUGAUAUUCUGAACCUCCCCGCCUCCGACUAUACACUCCUCGUGCUGGUGACCCUGAUUGGCGCCUUCGUACGGUUAUACCGUAUCUAUCAACCCACAAGUGUUGUAUUUGAUGAAGUCCACUUCGGUGGAUUCGCCAGCAAAUAUAUCAAGGGAAAGUUUUUUAUGGAUGUGCACCCGCCUCUGGCCAAGAUGCUGCUUACGCUCGCCGGAUGGCUAGCUGGCUUUGAUGGAGAAUUUGAUUUCAAGGACAUUGGCAAAGACUACCUUGAGCCCGGCGUUCCCUAUGUCGCCAUGCGCAUGCUGCCAGCGAUUAUGGGUGUUCUAACAGUCUCGCUGAUGUUCCUUACACUCAAGGCCAGCGGUUGUCGGUCUUCGACCGCCGUCAUGGGUGCUAGCGUUGUGAUUUUCGACAACGCGCUGACCACCCAAUCCCGCCUGAUUCUUCUGGACUCCCCGCUCGUCUUCUUUACAGCCCUAACUGCUCUGGCAUUUACAUGCUUCUCAAAUCAACAAGAAUUGGGUCCUGCUUAUGCUUUCCGAGGUCCCUGGUGGUUUUGGCUAGCCGCAACAGGUAUCUCCCUGGGUGCCACUCUCAGUGUCAAAUGGGUUGGACUAUUCACCAUGGCCUGGGUUGGAUCUCUCACGGCUCUUCAGCUGUGGGUGGUCCUUGGAGACGCGAACACUGUCACACCCCGAUUAUGGUUCAAGCACCUGUUCUCCCGCGCCUUCUGUCUGAUCGUGCUUCCGCUUGGAUUUUAUGUUGCGAUGUUCGCGAUUCACUUCACUUGUCUGGUUAACCCUGGCGAGGGUGACGGUUUCAUGUCCUCGGAGUUCCAGGCUACCCUAAAUUCCAAGUCGAUGCAAGAUGUGCCGGCGGAUGUGUCCUUCGGAUCCCGUGUUAGCAUUCGUCACCUGAACACCCAGGGUGGCUAUCUGCACUCUCACAACCACAUGUACCCGACUGGUAGCAAGCAACAGCAAAUUACGCUCUACCCCCACAAGGAUGAGAAUAACGUCUUCCUUUUGGAGAACCAGACCCAGCCCUUAGGUCCCUAUGGAGAGAUCCCAGGCGCAUUCGCCUGGGACAACCUGACUGCUACCGAUAGCUUUAUCGAGGAUGGAGCUGUCAUCAAGCUGUACCAUUUGCUUACUCACCGGCGCAUUCACUCUCACGACGAGCGUCCCCCGGUGACAGAGGCAGACUGGCAAUUCGAGGUCUCGGCCUAUGGAUAUGAAGGUUUCUCUGGAGAUGCCAACGAUCUCUUCAAGGUAGAGAUUGUCCCCUCAAUGUCUGAGGGAGACGUAUCCAAGAAGCGUGUUCGCACUAUUCAGACCAAGUUCAGGCUGGUUCAUGUCAUGACUGGCUGCGUACUGUUCUCCCACAAGGUGAAGCUUCCAGACUGGGGAUUUGAGCAGCAAGAGGUCACCUGUGCCCGUGCCGGUACUCUGCCCAACAGUGUUUGGUACAUUGAGUCAAACUCGCACCCUAUGAUGCCAGACGAUGCCGAACGAGUAAACUAUCGCAACCCAGGUUUCCUGGGUAAGUUCUGGGAGCUGCAGAAGGUAAUGUGGACCACUAACGCUGGUUUGGUGGAGUCCCACGCUUGGGACUCUCGUCCUCCAUCAUGGCCUACUCUGCUUCGCGGUAUCAAUUUUUGGACCAAGGAAGCUCGUCAGGUCUACCUGCUUGGUAACCCCCUCAUCUGGUGGUCUUCCACCGCUGCCAUUGGCAUCUAUCUUGUUUUCAAGGCUAUUGCGGUCAUUCGUUGGCAGCGCAGCUGCAACGACUACCGCCAUGUCUCGUGGAAGCGCUUUGACUACGAAGUUGGCACCAGUGUUCUGGGAUGGUUCUUCCACUACUUCCCAUUUUACCUGAUGGCCCGCCAGCUUUUCUUGCACCAUUACCUCCCGGCCCUCUACUUUGCAAUUAUGGUCCUCUGUCAACAGUUCGACUUUGUCUUUAAUCGUGUCAAGAGCUUUGGUCUCGCCUCGCGACCUGGUAUUGGAAAGACUAUUAUGACUGGAUUCGUGCUCCUUAGCAUUGCUGUUUUCACCCUCUACUCGCCCCUGAUCUACGGCAACCCUUGGACAAAGAGUGCCUGUUACAAGGCCAAGCUCCUGAGUACUUGGGACUUUGAUUGCGAGAGGUUCCAUACCGACCUCAGCCAAUACCACUCUGAGAUCCCUAUUCCGAACCAAGCCAUCCCGACAACAUCAGUUUAUGCUCCUCCCCCUCAAGUGCAACAGGAGCAACUCAAGGAGCCUGAGCAACCCCAACAGGUUCAACAGCCUCCAGUCCAAGACCCGGAGGCCACUCACCAAACAGAGGAACCUGCUGUCACGUCUCCCAAACUCGCUGGCUCUAUGGCCCGCGUGGAGUACCGUGAUCAACACGGGAAUGUCCUGCCAGAGGAUCUUGUCGCCUCCCUUCGCGCCGACGGCAAGGUCAAGUUCGAGACCCGCUGGGAAUCAAAGUCCCGUCUCGAGCACGCGCACGAGGUUCCCAUUGUGGACGGUCAACUCGCACCCCCGCACCCAGAUGUUGAGGGCCAAAAUCCUGAGACUGGUAAAAGCCCUGAGGACUCGAUCCCACCGGAGAGACCUGCGUCCAUUGCUCAGGGAAACGAACGAUCGGUCGAGGGGUCUAGUUCCCCUGAGGCGAAACCUGCUAGUGAAGGAAACGACGCUACUGUGCUGUAA